AAACAAAAUAAAAUAAAAAUGCCUACCGGAGAAAAUUCCGACCAUAUUUCUCAAGAACCAAAUAAUAUAUUUCUUCUUGCUAAAAUUAUCAUCAAUUCCUUCAAAAUUUCUCUAUUUUCCACCAAAAAAAUUUCAUUUUUAAUUUUCUUUUUCCUUUCAUUUCCACUCUCUUUUAUUCUCUUCUUAUUAUCCUUCCUCACUUUCCCUUUAAAAAAUAGAAUUCAACAUCUUGAAGAAAUAUCAUUAUUUUCAUCUAUACAUGUUGAGUCCAAACAACUAUUAGAAGAUGCAAAUGAAGAAGCUAAGUCUUUGCUAUUUUUGAAAAUUCUAUUUCUCUUUCCUACUUUUUUACUCUCCUUUUUUACCGCCGUCACCGCAGUAAAUGUCGCGUUUUCCGUAUGUUCCAACGGAAAACCGACUAUCCUAACGGCUAUUACUGCAGUCAAAGCCGUUUGGAUACGGGUCGGGGUUACUACGAUGUGCGUUUACGUGAUCAUGCUAGCGUGUACCAUUGUGCCCGGGAUGCUCGUGGCGUUUCUCGAGACCCGCCCGUUUGUUCGGGUGGUUGUUGAGGUUAUCGGGUCGGGUUUGGAGCUCCAUAUGAUGGCGGUUACGAGCUUGGCCCUCGUGGUAUCGGUUAACGAAGGAAUGUACGGGUUUGAUGCGAUUCGGGUCGGUUCGGUUUUGAUGGAGGGGAAACGGGUAUGCGGGUGGGUUUUGUCCGGGUUGUUUGUCUUGUUUUCGGGUUUGGUUCGUGGCACGAUGGAAAUGUCGAUGACGAUGGACGGUUCGGAUUUCAAGAGGGUUGAAUCAACGGUUGUGAUUAACUUGUUGUGGGAUAAUAUGGUUUGGAUUUUUUUGUAUGCUUUGAUGGUUCAAUGGAGCUUUGUUGUUACAACUGUUUUUUACUUUGAUCUAACAAGGAGAGAUUCCAUAAAAAGUGAUAGAGAUAGUGAGAUUAGUUUAGUCUAAAAAAAAUAUAUUAUUUGUAUGUAGUAUUGUUGUAGUUAGUAUAAGAUGUAGGAUUUGUAUU